UUAUAUGCUUGACCGCCAUACACAUUUACUCGUGUGUGAAUCCGAUUUUCUUGACUGUGGGGCAUGAUUUUCGAUUUUCAAUCAAUCGUGUAGUCUUUUUAAACUAUUCGCAAGAGAAAAAAACCUUUUGUUUUGAACUCAUAAAACUUCAAACACAUUAACCGGAACGGUGUUAAAUGUGUGAAGAACAAUAAGAGACACGCGAUAAAUAUCUAGUGCAUAUACUACAACGACAGUGUGGAAAUAUCUAGUUUUUUUUUUCUUCUUCGUUGAACGAACGACCGAGAAAAUCGAGCGUGUGUAUUUUACCGAAAAUGCCUUCGAAAGAUCCUUUGCCGCCAAAAGAAAGUGCACUGUUCAGAAAAAUACUGAAAUGUUACGAAAUGAAACAAUACAAAAAUGGCCUAAAGCUAGCCAAACAGAUAUUGUCGAAUCCAAAAUUCACAGAGCAUGGCGAAACAUUGGCCAUGAAAGGAUUGACAUUGAAUUGCUUGGGACGAAAAGAUGAAGCAUACGAUCAUGUACGACGCGGUUUACGAAAUGAUUUGGGAUCGCACGUUUGCUGGCACGUCUACGGUUUACUACAACGUUCCGAUAAGAAAUACGAUGAGGCCAUCAAAUGCUAUCGAAAUGCAUUGAAAUGUGAAAAGGACAACAUUCAAAUUCUGCGCGAUUUAUCAUUGCUGCAAAUUCAAAUGCGCGAUUUGGAAGGAUACAGGGAGACCAGACAUCAAUUGUUCAAAUUAAGGCCAUCACAACACGCAUCUUGGAUUGGAUUUGCAAUGAGCUAUCAUUUGCUUGGCGAUUUUGCAACGGCCAAUAGUGUGCUCGAUACAUUUCGACAGAGCCAAGUGAACGAGACCUAUGAUUAUAAGCAUAGUGAGCUGUUGCUGUAUCAAAAUCAAAUUCUACAAGAAUCUGGUGACUUCGAAAAGGCAUUAAAGCACAUUGAAGAGUUUGAAUCGCAAAUCGUCGACAAACUGGCUGUCAGAGAGACAAUGGGUGAUUUGUGCCUUAAGUUAGGUAAUUUUGAGAAAGCAGCCACGAUUUACGAAGGAUUGAUCAAACGUAAUCCCGAAAAUACAUUGUACUAUGCCAAAUUCAUUGAAUCAAAACGUGUGGAACAACCGGAAGCAAUAACUGAUUUGUAUCGUAAAUUCCAAACGGAUUAUCCGCGUGCAAUUUGCCCAAAACGUUUACCAUUGAAUGUUGCCAGCGGUGAACUGUUUCGUGAGCUAAUCGACGAUUUCUUGCGUCGUGGAUUACGCAAAGGUGUACCACCAUUGUUCGUUAGUCUUCGUUCCAUGUACAAGGACGAAGAAAAAGUGAAAAUUAUCACCCAAGUAGUGCUCGACUAUUAUGUUAAUUUGAAAGAGUCAAAUCAUUUUUCGAAAAAAGAUCGCGAAUCAAAUCAACCAAUUGAACCGGCCUCAGCACUGCUAUGGACACUUUAUUUUUUGGCUCAACACUAUGAUUUUUUGCGUGUCACCGAAAAAGCAAUCGAAUUUAUCAAUGAAGCCAUCGAACAUACGCCAACGCUUAUCGAACUAUUUGUGUGCAAAGGUCGCAUUUUCAAGCAUGCCGGAGAUUUAAUUGAAGCAUUCAAAUGGCUGGACGAAGCCCAAAGCUUAGACACAGCCGAUCGAUAUAUCAAUUCAAAAUGCGCUAAAUACAUGCUCAGAGCCAAUUUGGUGAAAGAGGCCGAGGAUAUAUGCGCGAAAUUUACGCGUGAAGAUGUGUCAGCUAUGGAAAAUCUCAACGAAAUGCAAUGUAUGUGGUUCCAAACGGAAUGCGCUCAAGCCUAUCAACGGCUGGAAAAAUGGGGUGACGCAUUGAAAAAGUGCCAUGAAAUCGAUCGCCAUUUCUCCGAAAUUAUCGAAGAUCAAUUCGAUUUUCACACAUAUUGCAUGAGAAAAAUGACACUUCGAGCAUACGUUGGACUAUUGAGGCUAGAAGACAUUCUACGGCAACAUCCAUUCUAUUUUAAAGCUGCCAAAUGCGCGAUUGAGGUUUAUAUUCGACUGUACGAUAAACCCUUGCCAUCUGAAAAACAAAUUGAAGAUGUCGACACAGAAAAUCUUCCGCCAUCUGAGCUGAAAAAGUUGCGAAACAAGCAGCGUAAAGCGAAAAAGAAGGCCGAAUUGGAGAGCGCUCAGGCUGCCCAAGCUCAAGUAAAGAAAGAACAACAUAAUAAAUCGCGUCAGCAAAAUCAAGACGGUGACCCGGAAGCGCCUCAACUUGAUGAAUUGAUACCCGAUAAAUUAGCACGUCCGGAUGAUCCAUUGGAAAAGGCGAUCGAAUUUUUAAAACCAUUACAAUUAUUAGCCAAAGACUGUAUCGAAACUCAUUUGCUGGCAUUUGAGAUUUACUAUCGGAAAAAUAAGCUACUACUCAUGUUGCAAUCGAUUAAACGUGCUCAAGCAAUUGAUGCGACCAAUGCACAAUUGCACUUCUGCAUCGUUAGAUUUUCGAAAAUGUUAAAAUCCGUAACGAACAAUGUCGAACUUAAUGAGCAUGUUAAAAUUGUACUUGAACGAGAAACGGCCAAAAUAUUCAACGGCAAAUCGGCUACCGAAUUAAAUCAAUCGAUAUUGAAUACGUUCGGUAAAUCAUACGAUCAUGUUCUCCAUGUGGCCAAAGCGAUGAUUGAAUUGGAUACAACCACUAAAGAUAAAGCAAUCAAUUUGAUCGUUUCGUUUCCCCUUGAUAACCUAACAUUAGAGCAAGGGACGAUGGCAUACACAACAUUGACAUCGGAAGCAUUUGGCGUCAGUGCGGAUCAAUUGAAGUCGUAUAAGUCAUUGUGUCAAAAGCGUUUUACACAAGCAACGAUUUUCCGUGAUGUUCAGCCAGUGACGGUGACAGUGGAAGAAACUGCUGCGCCAGCCUCUUGAGAAACUAAUCACACACUUAAUCCAUAGGAAUCAAGACAAAGAAUUGAAAAAUUUAAAUUCACAUAUAUGCAACGCAAUAACUAAACAAACCAUGGAAUCAAUUGUUUUUUUGAUUCGAUUUUAUACAUACAUUUAUUGCAACCAUACCAACCCAAGCAUUUAAUUGUAAACAAUGAUACGGUACGAUCUAAACCACACUAGAGAGUAAACGGAUACAAUCUAACGAAACGAAUCAAUUUACGUACAAUUACACAGAUUUGAAACAUAAAAAAACACACGUAUUUAAAAUCAUUGAAUAAAUUGAACAAUUUACGUGAACAUUUAGAAACAAAA